AAUAGACGUCACAAAGAAAGGAAAAACGGUUCUGUUUAUUUACACCUGAAACAGGUAAACUGCUACAUAAGUAAAAUCGCACAGUCCGUGAUAUGUUGUGGAUGCCGUUAAACUGGAGCGUACUGUUUGUCAGCCUGGUUGUGGCUGAAUCCCGCAAAAACAGACCAGAUCAGGAAAUGUUCCGUAACAUCGAUAAACACCAGCUUCUGCUGUCGUUGAUGACCGAGUUACAGAGCAGUUACAUAUUCCGUGACGGGGCCAACGAAAAGCAGAAUGGGAUUCUUUGGGAGGGAGCUGGACUUCCGGAUAGUACAGUGGGCGCUGUUAGCUGUUUCUCAAUUCUGACGGAUCUGUCUCUUGCUUCUAAGAACUUUAAAACAUGGUCGGCCUGCAAGCAGCUGUUUCCUGCAAUAAACUUCACUACUUACCAGGACAGGGACAACGAAAUCGAUAACCGAGAAAUAGUUGAAUCUGAGAACAGAAUUAGGACGGGCGACCUCUCUUCGUGGGGAAAGUACACGUGCAGCUGGAGAAUCGGGUGUUUAGUUAUCUGUCUUCUGAUCACAUUGAAAAGAGAUUAUUUAUGGAAGAGGAAGUUAGAAAGUGUUUCCCGGAUCGAUGCGUCCGUCCAGUGUUGUAUAAUAUCUGAUUGGCCGGAAGCGGUGCCUUAUGUCCCGUGCUUCGCUCCUCUACGAGAAGAUGAUCUGGAGACGGACGCCUCUGGAAGGAAAUGUCCGAACUUUUACCGCCUUCCCGGAAGCAUUGACAGGAAAUAUGAACUCAUCCGAAAGCUCUCUAAGUAUCUAGCUGUGGGGGAGGCAAUAUACCGUGUCGGCAUACUUCUGGGCCUAACGGCUACAGACAUAUGCAUAAUUAAACAAGACUAUAAAGGCGAUUCCAAGGAAAUUGCUUACCGAUGCUUGAAAAAGUGGACGGAAAUUCGACCGCGCGAAGGAUCACGGGAACUGGAGGACGCCAUUGUAAAAGCCGGGUUAGGUGGUAUACUUCAACGCAUUUUGAAUUAAAUUGCAGCAGAACGGAACGAUUGGAACAAAACAAAUUAUGUUAAUGAAUCUUCUGAUUUUUCACCCCUCAUACUAAGAAUUGAAUGCUCUUUGUGUUGUCAACUUUAUCUGGCCUAACAAUCUAUCAAGCACAUGCUUUCACACUUCAUGCAUUCCUUUGUAUGGUUUAUUGGAUCUUGUAGUUUGUUCACCUCCUGGGGAAAAUUGCAAUUUUCUUCCGCGUUCCGAUAGUCUAAAAUAAGAUUUCUAUAAAUAGAAGUUUUUAAAUCGCUUAAUCGGAUACCUUGUUGGGAAAUGAAAUAAUUCUAACCGUACCGUAUUGAAUAAACCUGAUCAGAUAACGAUAGUAUAAUCAACGGUCUAUUUAACGUUUUGAACACAAACUGAAAAAUUACUUUCACUGCCAGCAGAACCAGAGAAAUAUAUAACAAUCAAUAGGAAUUAACGAUUUAUAGGUGGGGCCGUUACACAGUGUAUGUCUCUGGCAGAAUCAACUAAAAUGUCAAUUUUUAAACACAUUUUGUCCAAAUAGCUGUGUUUCAAACGUGAAAGCGAUGCCGUUUAGAAAUGCAUAUUGUUCUGUAGUUGUUCAUUUUGCUUGUGAAGAUUAAUGUUGCUUGACUGAGCUAAAGUGCAGUACCUCAACAGAUAGUACUCUUCUCUUGAUGUGCUUGACGUGCACUAUUGAACUUUGACGAUUUACCGUUUGUUAUGACGUUUGCGGAGAAAUCUCAUCUCCGUCAAACUGAGGAGACGGUUAAAUUGGCCGGUAAAAUGUACUUACCGCGAGGCCAGUUUUAAGAAUUUUGUUCUUGUCACAAUGUUUUGUCCUCUGUUGCAAAGAUCAUUAAUGAUACCAAUAGAUGAUUUCUCCUUUCAGAAACUCUUGAGAAUAUUAUACAGUAACUAUUUGCAUGUAGUCGAUAUCAUAACUUAUUUCAGUGGGUAAUGAAUAGCUUUGAGAUAAUCUUACUGUACACAUGUAUAUCUACAAGAAAUAGAUAAAAAAUAUACACUCAUCAGUAUAAUUACUGGUCGCGGUGGACUAGUGGUUAUAUGGCGAUCGCGUUACAGCCAUGAGGUCUGGGGUUCGACUCUCUAUCUGUGAUACACUCAUCAGUAUAAUUACUGGUCGCGGUGGACUAGUGGUUAUAUGGCGAUCGCGUUACAGCCAUGAGGUCUGGGGUUCGACUCUCUAUCUGUGAUACACUCAUCAGUAUAAUUACUGGUCGCGGUGGACUAGUGGUUAUAUGGCGAUCGCGUUACAGCCAUGAGGUCUCGGGUUCGACUCUCUAUCUGUGAUACACUCAUCAGUAUAAUUACUGGUCGCGGUGGACUAGUGGUUAUAUGGCGAUCGCGUUACAGCCAUGAGGUCUGGGGUUCGACUCUCUAUCUGUGAUACACUCAUCAGUAUAAUUACUGGUCGCGGUGGACUAGUGGUUAUAUGGCGAUCGCGUUACAGCCAUGAGGUCUGGGGUUCGACUCUCUAUCUGUGAUACACUCAUCAGUAUAAUUACUGGUCGCGGUGGACUAGUGGUUAUAUGGCGAUCGCGUUACAGCCAUGAGGUCUGGGGUUCGACUCUCUAUCUGUGAUACACUCAUCAGUAUAAUUACUGGUCGCGGUGGACUAGUGGUUAUAUGGCGAUCGCGUUACAGCCAUGAGGUCUGGGGUUCGACUCUCUAUCUGUGAUACACUCAUCAGUAUAAUUACUGGUCGCGGUGGACUAGUGGUUAUAUGGCGAUCGCGUUACAGCAAUGAGGUCUGGGGUUCGACUCUCUAUCUGUGUGCUGCAUCAAACCUCAAACGUUUAACAGUUUUUUGGCCGAGCGCAUUAGAAAUGUCAGACAUGGAUCCGCUGUUCUAGCGCCAAUCCACUUCUAUAUCUAAAUUAUGAAUUUCUUGCUUUACAACUAAAACAAAAAGAAGUUUCUGAUUAAAGGGAUUCGAUAUCUGAGAUGUUUCUGAUUAAAGGAAAUAGAUAUUUGAGGUGGCAAGUACGUAUUUGUGAUGACAUUUUGGAAAGGUGCACCUUAUUCCAAGAUCGAACAAAUAAUUUGUGAUGAAUGGACGUAGAUCUUUCAUCAUUCAUAUUAUUAUGAAUUUGUUUUAUUCAGAGAUCAAGUAUUUUCUAUUUCUGAAAUGUUUUUGCUUAAUGGAUUUGAGAAGUCUAGUAUAAAAUUUUGUUGUUAUACUUUCAUGUAUAUUAGACGAAUAUGAUUGGUUUAGAAACAUUGGUUAAAAAGUAUCGUUACCCCACUGCGUGCAUAAACCAUGCCCUCCGGGUAACAGUGCAUAGCAACGGUUGACAAUGUAUGGCGACGGGUGACAGUAUAAAAAUUGUUAACGGCGCAAAAUGUUAGCGCGUACGGUUCAAACAUUCAAUGUAACACGAAAAAUAUCGCAUGUUUUGUAGGGUAACAUGUGAAAUUGUCACCCCGCGAAAAACCAUUGUCGAUCGAGGCGAAACCUACAAAACAUAUUAUAUCUUCAUGACUCUUUGGAGUGUUUUUUUAAUUUCUAGAUUGAACAAAUAUUUUUUUAUCAAUGGAACUAGAUCGUUUAUCAUAUCAGCACUCAAAAAAUGUUGUUUUUUUUCCUGAUGGAAUAGAAUUCAAUAUUUGAGAAGUCUAGUAUAAAUUUGUAAUGACGUUUUGGAAUGGUGUAUUUUAUUCCGAGAUCGAACAAAUAUUUUUUGAUGAUUAUGAAUGUGUGAUGUUUUAUUCAUAGAUCAGAUAUUUUACGUUUUUUAUUUUUGUACUACGAAGAUGUUUUUUUAUGAAAUCAAAUUAGAUUAUACUUGAGAUGUCAAGUAUAAAUUUGUGAUGACGUUUUUGGAAUUUACUUUUUAUUCCAAAAACUGAACAAAUAAUUUUACCAAAGAUUGACAAAAUGUUCUAAUAAUGCAGCUAGAUCUAUAAGAUUGUGAUGGUCUUUUGGAAUGGUGUUGCUGUUCCUAGAUCGAAAACAUAUUUUACCAAUGGUGCUUUCAAUAUACAGAUGGAGAGGUUUUUUUCCCUGACAAUGGCUUUAGAUUACAUUGUUAUUUAGUAUGAAUUUGUAAUGACGUUUUUGGAAUUAUAUAUUUUAUUCCUAAACCGAACAAAUUCAUUAAAUGAAAUUGAUGUUAAUAAUUAUAUAAUUAUAUAUUUAAUAAAGUAUUUCAAGAAACCAA